AAUGGUCCCGGUCGGAAGCACAGCUACGGCUAGCUCCGGUACCGAAGAAUGGCCGGAUGUGUGCGUGCUAGACUCAUCGAAAGUGAGAUACCAGGAUCACAGAAACACCACAAGGCACCUAAGGAGUGUGUACGAAACCCACCUAAAGAAAAGCGAACUGUUCAAAGAAGCUAUUGAAAGAGCGAAAGAGUCUAUCUUUAAAUAUAACAUUCCUGAUUUCAACCCCAACUUUAAACCAGCACAACCUGUUACAAAACGACAACGGUCCUUGGAAGAAAAUAAGCCAAACGUAAAAAGGCACAAAACAAUUGGCGAGACGCCCAGAAAAUCAUCUGCGGGGGUUGCAAAAGACUUCAUUAUUAUAGGAGUUCUGGACGAAAACAAUCUUGGAGGUAUGAUCCCCAAGGCCCAAUGGAAAUGGGUUGAGGCCGAGCUGACGAAAGUGGCACUGAAGGUUAUUCUGCAGAACCCCGGCCCCCCGCCUGCGUACCUAGAUUUAGGCUGGCACCAAGACCAGAUAAAAAUAAUAGCGUGUGGCGAUGAGAGAUCGGUUCAGCUGUAUAAAAAGGCCAUCUCAAAAGUCGGCGAAGUGUACAAGAAUGCCAAGCUGGUGGUCGUGGACAAGAAGGAUAUUCCGCCCAGGCUGCGAGCAAGGGUCUGGUUACCUUCAACUGUUGAAGACCCGGUAGAGAUAAUGGAGCUUAUUCGGGUCUGCAAUCCGGACAUCCCAACGCAGGAGUGGAAAUACGUAAAAACAUUAAGUAACAAGAACAGCGCAGAAGAAUCGAAAGAACAGAAUCGCGCCACUAUGCAGAUUCUCCUGCUCCUGACUGAAAACUCAAGUGCACCGUUAGAGAAAUGCGAUUGGCAAUUGAGAUACGGUUUUGUAAGAGUACAGCUUCACAUCUACAAAACUGAUAUAGAGUUCCUCAACACUAAGGAAAGUACAGAGCCCAUGAGCGAAUUAGAACCCCUGAGCGAAACAGAGCCGAUGAGCGAAGACGAUCAUCCCACCGAAGAAGAAUACGCCUCUUCAGGCUCAGAAAUGGGCGGUCGGAGGGGAGAGUAAGUAUUCCGUACAACAGCAUAAACCUAGACCAUUAUAAGGAAGCAUGCCUUACCCUCCUGGAUCGUCUGGCAGGAGAUCGUCCGGAUGUAGUCCUCAUCCAGGAACCCUGGGUACGGAAUGGCGAAAUCUGCGUCUUGAGGACAUCAGGUUGCAAGGUAUAUAAGAAAAAUUGUGAAGGUACUAAAAGAGCAUGUAUAAUAGCAAAAACACAUCUUAAUAUACAUAUUUAUGAUUUAAAAUUUCAGUAACGCGGCGGUUAACUGGGAACUGACCGGAAGCAACACCUGGCUAACCUCAUUUUACUAUGCUGGAUACGACACCGGUCCACUGCCGUCGCCGCUAAUAAGAAAUCUUGUGGAAGACUGCAAACACACAAUUAUGAAUUAGUUCUAGGAGGUGACUCCAAUGCCCACCAUACCGUAUGAGGAAGCUCGGAUACCAACGAAUGUGGUGAGUCUCUCUUUAAUUAUAUUAUAUGUAGUAAGCUUUUAGUGUGUACCAAUGGCAACGAACCCACAUUUAUUACGCGCAAUAGACACGAAGUUCUUGAUAUUACGCUAGCAUGUCACACCCUCCACGAAAAGAUGACGCAGUUGAGAGUUCUGAACGAACACUCUUACUCCGAUCAUCGCUAUAUAGAAAUAAGAAUUGAGGGAAACAGCUCACGGGCCCCGCCUGCCCAGAGGAACUUGAAAAAGACCAAUUGGCAAAUAUUAUAUAUAAAUGGGAACUUAAGGAAAGACUUCCUAAUUCCCAAAAUAUUACUAUUGAAAAUAGAGAAUCACUGCACGACGACUACGUACAAAUCCUUACGGAGGUUUGUAGAACUGCGCUAAAUAAGGCCUGCCCUCUGAUUGAGUAUAAGGGGAAGAAAAAACCGCCCUGGUGGUCCUGACAACAUUAAGAAAUGACAGCAGAAGACAGUAUAAUAGAGCGAAAGCGACCCGAGAUGGUAAAGACUGGAACUGCUAUUACAGUAAUCUAAAAAUUUAUAAAAAAGAAGUUUAGCCAGAAGAGGCCGACAAACUUUCAAGUAAUGGCAUGUGGAAUCUUCCGCCAUUCCUCCAGUAGCGCUCACUUAGCCCAAUUCCAUAUGGAACAGAGGUGUGCUUCUGGCCCUGAUUAAACCAGAAUUGUUCGAGUUACCCAGUUUCCCAGUACUGCAAAACAAAUUGUUUUUGAAUAUUCUGAUAAUGAAUUGCGAAUUUUCCAUACUGGCCUUCACUCUAUCGCCGCCAUGUUUCGUAGUAGCUUAAGGCCCGAUUUAUGGUUUCGCUGAACGUAGAAGAAAAAUCAAAUUUUUCGGGCAAUGCAUCGAUCGUCAAAUGCAUUCAAAAAUAUCCUACCACUCCUAUGAAUUUAUUCAGCUUUAAAUCACAUAGCC